AUGGAUAAUAAAAUUAAAGAAGAAAUUUUAGAUUUUAUUUCAAAUAAUUUAUCAUCUAUACAAUUCAAGUCAUUGAGAGAGAACGAAAUUGAAGCUACUGAUGACGAAAAAUUAUCCGUUAUAAAACAAACCUUGAGAAAUGAUCCCGCCUUGUUUUUAACAAGGUGGGGGAAAUUUUUACCUAAAAAUGAAUUAGAAAAAUUCGAGUGUUUAAGAAAUGAUUAUGAGGUAAAUUGGUAUUUAAACAAGUUACUUUCUACACAAAAUCAAAAUACAAUUUCUUCAUCAAUAGCAAGUGAACCUCCAAUAAUAUCAAGGCAACUUUUACCAAAUUCAAGGCAUAAUAAACAAAUCCUUAAUAGAAGAUUUAAAUAUCUUACGACCAAACUCGACAAUACUUCAUAUUUUAGUAAUGAAGCAAUGGAAAUGAGAGAACCAAGUUUAUAUGAAGAUUAUGUUGGUCAAUAUAUUCCUGAAGAAGAAAAAUUUCAACCAUUUGAUGAUGAUGUUAAUUUGAUCAAUAGAGAAAAUACGAAUGUAGUUAAUAUAGAAAAUAUUGAAAUGGAAGGAAAUGAUGGUGUAACUUCAGAUGUUAAGAAAGAAGUUUCGCAUAUAUCUGAUGAAGAAAAGGAACAACUUCGAGCUGAUCUUGUGGAUAUAAUGAGAGAGAAAUUCAUGUCUGGUGAAGAUCCCGACUUUGAUUAUGAUUCGGUGGAUUUUAAUGAGGAGUACGAUGACAUUUAUACGCAAGAACAAGAAAUACAUGAGAAAUAUUUUGAUAAUGAGGAACCAAAUGACACUGAAGUUGAAAAUGGAACUGGAGAAUAUGAUUAUUAG